AUGAAAAUGGAUCCAGACUACGGCCAUCAGAUUAACCCAGUUAGUCGUUUAAUGCAGGUGAUGCAAGCCCGAAAAGACACCGAACCAAAGUUUCAGUUAAUCGCUGAACAUGGCCAAAGUAGAUAUAAAGAAUUCGUUGUCGAGGUGACAUGUGGUGAAGAAUUGCGAUGUGAGGGUACAGGUCCAAAUAAGAAGCUCGCGAAACGUGCUGCUGCAGAAGCAAUGCUAGCACGUAUCGGGUACGUGAAACCGAUGCCGAAACCGGGUAAGAGUCUUCUCAAGAAACGUAACGACGCAUGCAGAAUCGUCGAUAGUGAGCAACCGAAACCACUUGAAAUUGGAGUAUUCAACGCGGACGAGUUGAUCACAUCAUCACAAACGAAUUCGAUGACAACGUCAGUGAACGAGAGUGAUGAUUCGAAUGCGCGAAACGAUUCUGAGAAUAGUCCGAAAGAGUCCGUUUCUGAAGUGACCCUAUCGGUGACAGCCACAAUCGGUUCACAAGUGAUGACGUUCGCAGAUGUCGAUCAGACAGCUCGCGCUGACGAUCAUCACACCGUUUGGGGAUCUGCUGCUGCUGCGGCAGAAUCCACAAGUUUCCCUGAUGCGGAAUCAAGAAACGUAACGAAUGAAUGCGAGAAUGAUGACACUAACAAAUCGUCAACUAAACCAACAACACCGGCCAAUAAACGUCAUGUCACUUUUAGCAAUGAAGUUAGCGCAUGCCCUCCACCAGAUGACAGCAAUUAUCCGUCGGCUUUAAUCACACCACUCAAAUCUGAGAUGCUCUUCGUUAGCAAAAUGCGCAAGCGUGGUCGCGAUUCAAAGAAGCUUUUAAGCGAUGAACAAAAAAGAGAAAUGGCCGAAAUGGCACGUGAGUUCUUGGCGGGUUGGAACGCUGCUGAAAAUGCGUCUCUUGUGAAGGCAUAUGCUGAGAAUGCACCCAAAAGUAAGUGA